UGUUGUCUGUAUUGUUGUAUAUAUUAACACUACUUUAAUAUCAGCGGUGCUGUCGAGGCGUGCGUUUCAUUGAAGACAUUGUAUGAACUGAUAGUUUAUAUAAUAAAUAACAACAAUUUGUUGACUAAAUUAUCACCGAUUAACUGAUCCAAUCACAUAAUAAUGACCAACACUGUUACCCAACAGAAACCUGAAGCUGAGAUCAAGGCUGAACAGGAAGGUUCGGCCACAGAGUCAGACUCUGAGGAGAAUGAUUCGGACGAAGUGCCCGAUUUGACUGAUGCCGACGGCAAAGACAAGUCGGCCGACGCCAGCAAUGCAUUGUUUGACGAAAGCGGAUCAAAAGCUAAACAAUCGAGAAGUGAGAAGAAGGCGCGCAAAGUUAUGUCCAAAUUGGGUCUCAAACAAGUGACAGGUGUUAACCGUGUGGCCAUUCGUAAGUCGAAGAACAUACUGUUCGUAAUCAACAAACCAGAUGUCUAUAAAUCACCCGCAAGUGAUACAUAUAUUGUGUUCGGUGAGGCAAAGAUCGAAGAUUUGUCACAGAAGGCUCAGAUGGCCGCAGCCGAGAAGUUUAAAGCACCCGAAGCCGGUGCCGGAGGUUUGGCCAGUGGUCUAGAAUCUGUUGCGCCGGGUAUUAAUCAACCGACAACUGCACCGAUUGCUGAAGAAUCUGAUGAAGACCAGGAAUUGGAUGAGAGCGGCGUUGAGGCCAAAGACAUCGAGUUAGUCAUGUCUCAGGCGGGUGUCAGUCGAGGAAGGGCUGUAAAGGCACUCAAGAAUAACAGCAAUGACAUUGUAAAUGCCAUUAUGGAGUUAACAAUGUAGUGACCAUUGAGACCAACUGACCACUCAAUUCUGUCACAUAAUUUAAUAUCAAAUGACUGUUAAUUCGUUUACGUUUUUUUAAAAAAUAUAAUAAUUUUUAUUUCACUUACGGUAAUAAUUAUUAUUGAAUUGUAUGAAAUAACAUUAAAUAUUAAUAAUAAUAAUAAAAUGAUUUUAAUGAUAU